AUGAACGCUGAGACCUGCGUUUCAUACAGCGAUAUGACAUCCAUGGAUUCAUAUUAUAUCCCCUCUGAACUGCAAGGUAGGGAUCACCAGACGGACCACUUUAGGACAUUCCCAGCCACUGACACCAAAUACAGCCCCACUGCCUUCCUGCCCAACAAAGGUCAGGCUUACGGAGAAAAGUCCCGGAGCCCCUUCCAGCAGGAGUGCCAGUCAUUGGAUGCCGCCACAGCUGGGCAAGGCACUUUCAGCAAAUACCACCUCUUCAUGCAAAGGUCUUCUUGCAAAACACCCCCCGAGGAGGACAAACUGCACCAGGAGAGCGGACACAACGGAGCGCUCAUCCCCUGCUAUGGUAAAGACAGUUCAGGUCUGACAGACUCUGACUUGGCACAGGACUCCGACCCACCUGGAAUGGACAACAGCUACCUGGCUGUGAAGGAUCAGGGCGGGAAGGUGGCCUCUGAUAGACCACCAGGCACAGACUUGUCAAGCCCUUUGGACAAGGGUGAUGGCGGCGAAAGCAACAAGGGCAAGAAAAGGCGCAACCGCACAACCUUUACAAGCUACCAACUGGAAGAGCUAGAGAAGGUUUUCCAGAAGACGCACUAUCCUGAUGUUUACGCCCGGGAGCAGCUGGCACUGAGGACUGACCUGACUGAAGCCCGUGUGCAGGUGUGGUUUCAGAACCGAAGGGCAAAAUGGAGGAAAAGAGAGCGAUUUGGUCAGAUGCAGCAGGUCCGAACACAUUUCUCAACAGCUUACGAGCUGCCUCUUCUGACGCGUCCUGAGAACUACGCGCAGAUUCAGAAUCCCUCUUGGAUCGGUGGCAGCAGUGCAGCUUCUCCCGUGCCGGGCUGUGUUGUGCCCUGCGACACUGUGACCCCCUGUAUGACACCUCACCCCCACUCUGCCAGCGGGAUGUCUGAUUUUCUGGGCAUGUCAAGCCCCGGAGGUCAUGUGGGACAGGCACACAUGGGCAGCCUGUUUGGAGGGCACCCUGGCAUGGCUACGGGCAUCAACACGUACGAUCUGAACAUGGACCCAGACCGCAAGUCCUCCAGUAUUGCCGCUUUGCGUAUGAAGGCCAAAGAGCACAGUGCAGCCAUAUCUUGGGCCACAUGAUGUAUUGAUACCUGCUGGAUGGGGUGACCUAGUUGACACCUGAAAUGUCUAUACAAACCCAGCAUGGGGUGAGGGGGCACUAUAAUCAAAAACUCUAAAGGCAACAGUGACUACCUUCAUAAAUGUUGCAAUAAAAUAAUUAUUGAAGAUUACUCCAAGAGAAAACAACAAGAGAUUUGACAAGAUAAGUGGCGUGGCCAUGUUUCUCAACCCCUCUGGUGGGAGAAAGCAACCACAGUGUGCGAGUGAGCUUUGUGUAAAGCCUGGUGGGAGGUGAUGCUGUACUGUAUAACAGGAGUUGCAGUGUAGUUCAGAUGAUAGGCGAAGGAACAUGUUAGGACAAUAAUUUCAAACAAAUCCAUGCACUUAUUUGCUAAAAUACAGGAAAUUGUGUUUGUACAGUGCUUUUAGUGUCAUUGUAGUUCUCUGUCCAGGUGCUGUUUUAUUCUUCCCUUAUUAUUUAAAUUGUGAGUUAUUGUUGUUGUUUUUUGCCUUCAGUCAUUUUGUUACUGGUUUUGUUUUGACAAAUAGUUCAGCAAGCAUCCUUAAAAAAACCUGACAUUUAUACUUUUCAUAUUAUUCUAAGGCAAUCAUAAUCGGCAUUAGCACAUGCAGAAGUGUGUAACUUCGAUCACACUGAUGCUAUGAUGUUGCUCCAGAAAACUCUAUAUAUCCAGUAUAUCUGCCACAUUAUGAAGCUUCUCAGAUUCAAUGCAAACAUUUUAGUUACUAAAACAAAGUUGGAAGUGGCUCCACCUUUUAGCAUUUAAAAGUCAAACAAAUGAAAUGUGGUUUGUUUUAGUGUGGUCUGGGUGAGAGAUCCACCUGCCGCACUGACUCAGCCUGCUGAUGGCCAGAGAGAGAAAGGGAUGGAGGAGGAAGUGAUGUAUGGGAGCAUGAGAGGUGCACAGCAGGCCUGCUGGUCUCAGGGCUGAAGAGCCUGGGAGCAUCAGCCUCUAAACAGAGCCAGCUCUGUUUUCAGGAGGACAAACUCCAAGUGGACAUGACUGUGCCCCCGUUGCAUUUCCAGUUUCAGGAGUUUCAGAGAGAGAAGUGCCUACUAGUCAGUCAUUCUGCCAGAAAUAACACCGAAACCAGCAGCAGCCACCUUUGAAACAGAGGAGUCUGGUGGAGAUUACACAGACUGUGUUGACACUUUUAAACACUGAAAGGAUGUCAGUGUUCAACAGCAUCUUCUGGACUUUAACAAGGCUGUGUUUGGCUGUCCAGUAAAUGGUCAUGAAGCAGCUCUGGCAUAAGAGCUAUUGUAUUUCUUUCUCCUCAUUAUUUCUGUCAAAUCCAAACAAAGGAAGCCAUCGACCAGAUUAAUGCAGCGUAACCCUCUAUUGACUUCAGUAAGAUUUUGACUACAUCUCAGUUGGAUUUGCACCUUGGACGACUGAGCACAGGCACAGGGUAUUAGAUAUCAUCCUUCAUCCUUCCUCCAUCUAACAUGUCUCUAAACGUGUUGGAAGACAGUAUUCAAUUUUAGUGAGUAAGACAACAGGAGGAGUCAAGGGAAUCUCUAUGGAAAUGAUGUUACAGCUGACCACCAGGCACAGCGGGCAACUGACCCAACCUGCCCGAUUCACUGUUUCAGUUACUUUUUUGGUAAUUUGAUUACUUGCAAAUUUGUUUGUGAUUUUCACCGCUAAAGUGCAAUAACAACUGGAUUCUGCAUUAUUAUGUAAUCGUGUGUCAAAAUCUAGUUCUAAAAUCUAAUUUAUAUCGUGCUGACAUGGUGUAUAAUCCUAAAUAAAGUGGUGUUUAAUCAAAUAACUGAACAACAAAGUAAUUGACAUACAGAAAAGCUGGGAUCAAAUAUUUGAGGGAAACUUGGAGGCAACAUGAGCCCAACAGCUAAUGGUUACAGAUAAAAGAAAAUAGGCUAGUUAAACAUUUUGUAAGUAGCAGAAGACCCAAUGAUAGUAAUUGUAUCAUGUCGUGUCCCAAGGUUUCAGCAUGGGAAGAUCAAGUGUGAAGUUUGAGGCCAACCUCAUUAGUUUUCUUGGCAUGCAAUCGGAGCAGGACAUGUUUUAGUAAAACCACUAACAUGUCAGGGUAAAGCACCGUAAGGAAUCGAGUUCCCUGUCUCCACUCUGGUUACAGCCAUCACUCCCUGUUUACUUCUAUCUAGGCUUGGAACAAUAUGUCUGUGUUUGUUUGUGUUUCUCUGUGGAAAGAGAAGAGGAGGGGGCCAGCUAGAGAUGAGUCACAUAUCUCUGAACCCAAAUCAUAUACAUAUCUUCAUAUUAUUCAAAUAUUAAAGUACUUAAGCUUGCUUUUCCCCUGGUAUCUGCCUCCCCUAGACAGAAAUAGCAGAUGAGGUUUACCGAUGAGGUUAUGCAUGUUCUUCCUUUGUUUGCAAAGCCUGAUUUAAGCAGAACAGAGUUUCAAGCAAACCUGAUACCUUGUAAUACACCUUCAGGCUGAGCAACCAUUGCUAAUUCUCAAAACUGAACCACAUUCACUGCCCUUCUGGGCAUGUAAGAGAAGUGGGGUACAAGCAACAACCUGUCAUCAGAGCAGAUCACCCCAGAGUCCUCCAAAUUAGAUCCACUUCUACUCUCCAACCCAAAUCCAAGGCAUAUGCACAAUCCUGACUAUCGAGUACAUAUCUCUGAUUUAAACGGAGAGGGUCUCCUUGCAAAUGUGGACAUAGGGCCCCCUGUGCUCUAGCUGUGGGGUUGGACGGAGGGCGAGCCGCGAGGGCGACUGCUGUGUUCCGGUGUUCUGGGAAAAGGACAGUGCACACAGCUGCGCUCAGGGGGUAAAUGCAAAACAAACAUGCCUCACACAUGCUUCCCCCUCAGCUGUCAUGGCUCUGCUUUCAAAGAUCCCCCCCCCCCCUCCUCAAUACACACGUACACAUUGCUCUGUGCCUCUUCCUUUGCUCACUUCCACUGUGUCCACUGGCUUAAAGUUGCAGCCCCCCAUUCGCAGGGUCCGAGGCACAGCCGCACGGCCAUCCCAGGAAGGCUUUUUAAUUAACACUGAGCCAUGUGGAGGCUGUGGACUGCAGGAUUGUGUUUCAGGACAGACAGGGCCGUCUGUCUUCUGGUUGGUUUGAUGUAGACUGUUUCUCUGCACAGUGCGCACAGACAUAUUGUCAUUCAGUAUUUCAGGUUUACACAAUACAUACUCACUAUCUUCACUCUCUUUGUGCUGCAUUAUUGUGUGCUGAAACAUCUCCAGUGAUGUCCACCAUGAACCACAUACACUCAAUCUACUUGUCCUACAAUCACAAAAAAGGACUGUUAAUGCAAGAUUACAAAAACAAAAUCCCUCUCCCUCCUGUAUGCUGCAUAACUACAUCCCUGAGUGAUGAAGUCAUCGUCCACUUUUCUCAUUUUCUAAUACUACUGAAGUCAGACAAUCAGUAUAGGAGUAAAUAUUUGAUUAAUGUGUGUGCUGUUGUGUGCAUGUACAUUUGUGUGCAUGCAAAAUGGAUUGAAGUGUUAUAAGACUCUUGGAAAGGUUACUAAUUAGAUGUUAUGUUUAAUUUUGAGAAAGUUUAACAAGUAUUUGAGUGUAUCACUUUUUUUUAAUUUGGUGGUAAAAUUGUAUUUCCAGAGUUGUGUUUGAACAUUGUUUUUCUCUUGAUAUGUAAUUAUUCUGAAUUUCAAGGUUUUUUUUCAAGUUAAUGCGGCUUUAAGCUGUCUUUUUAAAAUAAGUGUAUAAAUUUACUCAUGCUUGUGUUGUUUUGUGUGUGAUUAAAGU